CGCGCCUGCUGCGCCAACCACGACGCCGGCCGCGACCAUUCUGCGCACUGCGGGCAGCACGCCAGUCCCUCCUCUUCGUCUAGGAGGUGGUGGCGGCCCCAUGAUCCCUCGUCUCGGCGGCGACGCCGGGCCCUCCUCCUCGACCGGGCUGCCUCCCUCGAUCGCGCACUACUUCUCGUCGAAGCUCGAGCUCGAAUCUGGUUCGUAUUCCAAGUGGCGUCAGCUCUUUUAUUUCAUCUGUUGCAAGUAUGACGUCCAGCACCACCUCGACGACGCCGCCGAGCCCCUCCAUGAGAGCGCUGUUUGGCGCAAUGAUGAUCUCACGAUCGUCUUGUGGAUGUACGGCGUGAUCUCAGAGGAACUCCAAGAGGUGGUCGUGUCGCCCACGAGCACGGCCUACGACGUCUGGACGCAGCUGCACCUGCUGUUCCGCGACAACCAGCCCGGCCGGGCGAUCAUCCUCGGUGCAGAAUUCCGCAACACCGUGCAGGGCGAUCUUUCCAUCGCCGAAUACUCGCGCCGGCUCAAGGGGCUCGCCGAUGCCCUCGGCGACGUCGGCGAACGCGUCUCCGACCAGAGCCUCACCCUGCAGCUCAUCCGGGGGCUCAACCGGCGCUUCCAGGUCAUGGCGACUCUGCUUCCCAUGCAGGAGCCCUUCCCGACAUUCGUCCAAGCACGCUCGCGCCUCCUCCUGGAGGAGAUCUCCGCCAACGAACGCUCCCUCAUCGACGGCCGCCUCGAGUCUUCUCCGACCGCUCUCUCCAUCGGGCACCUCGGCGACCGCGGGUCCGCGCCAGACCGCGGCAAUGGCAGCAACGACAAGGGCAAGAGACCCGUCGCCUCACCCACCAGCGACAAGGGCGGGCGUGGGCGUGGCUGCGGCCGCCGGCCGUGGGCGCGGCGCGUCUGGCAACGGCUCGUCAGGGAGCGGCGCUGCUCCACCCCCUGCUGCACCGACGGCCGGCUACUUCGCCCCCUACGGGGCCCUGAUUCCCACGCCCUCCGGUGCGCGCGCAGGCUGGGCCGCCCCCAACGCGGCUGGUGUUCUUGGGCCCAGGCCUCCGCCGCCGCAGCAGGCCUUCCACGUCGCCCCGCCUCAACCCGGCAGCGCCCCCACCUGGGAGCAGUACAACCACCUCUACGCCGCCCUGCAGAACCUCUCCAUGCAGCAGCAGCAGGCGGGCGGCGGCCAGGAGUGGUUCCUCGACACCGGGGCGACUUCGCACGUGGCUGGACCUAGCAACUCGAGGGAUCAUCAUGAGGUCCAGUAGCCACGGCGAGCUUUACCCCUUCUUCACCAACUCCACGGUCCAAGCAGCGCUCUUCGUCGCCGGCGAUGUGUGGCAUGCACGCCUUGGCCACCCCAGCAAUAAAACCACUUCCAUUUUAGCUCGUGAUUUCCUUCCUGCAUGUACUAAUAAUGGCACGCCAAAAACUCAUGUAUGCCCGUCGUGCCAAAUAGGCAAGCAACCACGGUUGCCCUUUUCUAGUUCAAACUCUUUUACUACUGCCCCAUUUGAAUUAAUCCAUUGCGACAUUUGGACAUCACCUGUGUGUAGCUUUACUGGUUUUCAAUAUUACUUAGUGAUUCUUGA